AUGCCAGAUGACUUGAAAAUAUACGCAUCAUGUGUAGUUGCACCCUGUAGACCUGUACUACUCUUCCUUAAAGAACACUGUAUAGACUACUCUUACACUGAAGUUAACGUACUGAAGAACGAACAUCUCACCCCGGAUUUCCUGGAGAAGAACCCUAAACAUACACUGCCUGUAAUACAACAUAAUGGUGUCUGUAUUUCUGAGGGACCAGCGAUUAUAAACUACCUGCAUGACACAUACAGGGUACAGAGACUGUCUAAAGAGAUGCAGAGUCAGGUAGAUCAGAUGGUAUCCUGGAGUUGCGAGCAGUUACAUUGGAACAUUGGUUUUAGCUAUGUGUAUCCACAAAUAUACAGCGAGUUCGCGUUAGAAGACAGUACAAGUAAUAACACGCUUAUUGAAACUGGCAUAAAGAAGGUAUGUGAAGAUCUGGACACGAUAGAAAAGUCUUAUCUACACAGUAAUAAGAGUUGGCUGCUAGGAGUAAGAACAACAGCUGAUUUCACAAUAGCAAGUAUCGUCGUCGUGCUCGAACUGGUCAACUUUGAUUUUAAAAUGUGGCCCAAUGUUAUCAGCUGGUUGGAGAGAGUGCGUAGCCUGCCCCACUGGGAGGAAGUUCACAAGUUUCACGACGAUGUAGUGAGACAAAUCAGAGAACAGAACGGUACUUCUGAUUAUCUUUAGAGUGAGAACUGAACGGUACUUCUGAUUAUCUUUAAAGUGAGAACUGAACGGUACUUCUGAUUAUC